AUGAGUGGUGAAGAGAACGGAAAAGGGGCGUUCUCGACCGAGCUCAAUCUACUUGAUCCAAACAGGCCAUAUUUCUUUUCUGAAGAUGAACAAAUUAUUCCCAAACUACCAUAUCCGCCUGAAAUAAAGGCUGAUGAUUUAGUCAGGGAUUCGUUAUCGAAAUAUGAAACGAAAUCACCGAAAAUGUUGAAUGAGUUCUUUAUUUAUCGUAAAGCAUUUGUUCAAGAAUUUAAAAAACAGCGACUUCGACCAAAAAUGACACAAGUAUCUUCAUUGGCGUCAACAUCUUGGCAUAGUGAAUCAAAUGAUGUAAAAAAUGCAUAUAGAAAAAUUGCUCGUGAAGCCGAGCAAUUGUAUAUUAAUGAGAGGAAAAGAAGACAACAGCUAAAAAUAAACGAUAAAAUACAAACAUCAGAAUCUGAAGUAACAUCUACUUCAAUUUCAUCCGGAUCGACUUAUCCGGUCGUCUCUAGUCCUUCGCAUAAUACGGUUACACCUAGACCAUUAAUCGACUUUAAACCGAACUUACAAUUGUUAGACACUAAUGCAUCAUCGGCUUUCAAUGGAUCUUAUGGACAAACUUCAUUAGAAGAAAAUUACUAUUCAAACCCAAUUAUGUAUAUACAAGAUCCACAGCCUAUGCAGCAUGGAGCUUCAAUUCCAACUACCAACGCAAAUUUAAACUUUCAAUAUCAAUUGAUAUAUUCAGGGAAUUCCUUACCGACUGGAGAAGGUUAUCAUCGUACUUUUAAUACCAAGAAUAGUUUGUAUAAUUCUAAUAUAUCUGGAACACAAUAUCCAUACACUCAAACAUCUAACCAGGCUUUAAAUUCGCAUAAUAUAUCAGACUAUAUCAACGGCGGUGGACCUCUUGGAUCACCUGCUAAUGAAACAAAUGGAUCAUUCUUGAAUAAUUGA